AUUUUACAUUCUUACUCUCCUCAGGCAUCUACCCGCCUGGGGCGCCUCCAUCCUCACAGUCACUGUCUCACAGGUCGUUCCUCAACGCCGUCGCCGACUGCUCCUCAGUCCUCACAGCCUCACGGUCACAAGUCGGUCAUCUCUCUCACUCUCAUAUUUUUCUCUGAUAAGCUGAAUCUAUUUGAUAGAUCUAUUUUCUUCAGACAGCACAGCACAAAUUCGCACAGUGAUCUAGCAGUAGCAGGGGUUCAUCUACCUCGACGGGCCUGGAGAGCUACACAUUAUUGGAGAAUCUUGAUAUUGAUGAUGAGGUGUUAAAUUACAUGGAAGAAAAGUUACCCUAUUUUCCCUUGUGACAAUCUGUUAAAGCCCUUAAAUUUCAGAACCCCCAAAACCAAAACCUAAUCGCUCGCAAAAAUGGCAUUCUCCAGAGCUCGCACAGCUUCCUUGACACUCCUCCACACAUUCCUCCUCCCUCCAAUCCGCCAUUUCAAUACCACUCCUCUUCAGUCUCGCAUAUCAUCAACGAUGAUGAUGAAUCAAAUGCAAACCCUCGAUAUCAGCUCCCAAAUCGGAAGCUGUAUGCCCUUAUCCAUGAUGCGAAUCGGAACCCUAAUUCACAACAUUGAGCUCAGACCGGGCCAAGGAGGCAAGUUGGUCCGAGCCGCUGGUACUUCGGCCAAGAUCUUGACGGUGCCCUCGAAGUCGACUAGGUUCUGUGAAGUGAAAUUGCCGUCCGGAGUGAAGAAACUGAUUGAUACCAAGUGCCGGGCUACGGUUGGGCAAGUGUCGAACCCGGAACAUAGAAAGAAGAAGUUGAGAAAGGCGGGGCAGAGUAGGUGGCUUGGGAGAAGGCCGGUGGUGAGAGGUGUGGCCAUGAAUCCUGUUGAUCACCCUCACGGUGGUGGGGAAGGGAGGAGUAAGAGUAGCGGGAGACAUGGUCGGACUUCGUUGACGCCAUGGGGGAAGCCGUGCAAGAGUGGGUAUAAGACUGGGCCACUCAAGCGCAAAAAGUAGUCUUAAUUAGAAAUGUAAUUUUUUUCAUUUCACAUGCUUACUUGUUUUGUGGUCAAUGAAUUGGGGUUUUAUUGAGGAUUGUUGAGUUACUAUCGUCAAAAUGUUCUUGCUUCUUGUUUGGGUUUUGGGAUUUUAACAUGGUAACACAUAGUUCAAACUUCAUCAACGUUUUUAUCGUUUUGAUAGAUGAGCUGACUAAUUACAUCAACAGAAACUCGGAAGUGAUAAAAGUAGUUGGUUGACUUUAUCAAGAUUGUUAGCAGGCCAUGGUAGAUGCAGUGGUAUUUUCCUUCUUGCUGAUAACUUGGGAUGUAUUUGUUGAUAUUGAUGACUCAAGUACUAUAUCUGUGUCUCAGUUUUUCGCGAUGAUUCAAAUACUAAUACCGUGCCUCAGUUUUUCCCCUUUUUUGUUUAAUAUGAU